AUGCCUGCAGGGCCCGGACGCGGCAGCGGCGGCACAGCCCUUGGCACAGUGGUGCACUGGCCCACCAUUACUGUACCGCUGCUGUGCGCUAAUUUGAUGCCUAAGCGCUUGCCGCCCAGUUGGUCAAAACACCGACCAAUCGAUGACUCAAUCAUCACACCUUCUUUCUCCUAUUAUCUCUUCAUGAUGCUUUCUAGAACCUCAUUCGAAGCUGCGCCUGCGCCGCGCUCUCACGUUUCUGCCGCCCAUUCGCUUGUCCAAGUAAGAAUCUACCAGCCUAAAGCAACCGUCAGAUCAUUAUCAACACUACAACUGUUCACGUCGAGCAUCAUCUCCAGUUGGGCAUUGGUGAUAAGCUAUGGCUACCCGACCAAGCUAGCCCUUCGGGGAGCAGUGCCCUCAUCGCACUCACUCAGUAACCGCACCACAACUUUUUAUGUCAGUAUCGAGUUAUUCAAGGGUGCCACUCGUGUGCCACUCACAGUGUUUAUCGGGGCAUUCAAUGUCAUUUCGCCAUCAAGUCUGGCCCUGGCUUCAACCGAUUCGGUUCCAAGCUCCGUCCCUUCAACCGUUCUCCCGGGAUUGGACCGCUCACCCCCCGGUGUUUUGCAUGACCCAUGGAGAUGGCUCGCACAUGGCACAGACAUUGUACCUGCUGAAAGUGGUAAAGGACGCUUGAACUAACGGCUGUCAGUGGUCAGUAAAACUGCCAUUAUACUGUCCCUCUCCCAUAGCGGGACACACCAAGGGGCGGGACAGUAUUUUUGACUGUCAGUUGUAGUACAACAUCAUUUAAAAGGUGAAGAGGACAGUAGUGAAGAGGACAGUACACGAUGCGACCGGUUCUCCCUCUUGAAGACAAGCUAUUCUUGACUUUAAGUACUACACCUUGCUUUGGGCUAUCAACGUGGAGUGUCUGCGUUUGUCACCGGCAUAUAAGCUUCAUAGAGGCCUAGCACGCCUAGGUAAAGUCUAAGCCUGCGAGAUGGCGGAAUCUUACCUGGUAUGAGAUCAGAACUUCUUCGC